AUGAGGCUCGAUACGUUGCCGUCGUCGAUUAUCGUCUACAUUCUACUGCUCACCUCGCCCACGCAAGCGUCCGUCGACGUCGAUUUCUCAGCAUAUCCCGCCUCAGCACGAUCAUGUCUCACAGAAGCAGUCGCAACCUCUGGUUGCUCCUCCAAGGAUACAGUUAGCGAAAUGAACGACUGCCUUUGUAGCAACAGCGGCAACUUUGUUCUCGAUUCAGCGGAUUGCUUGGGAGGUCUUGGGAGCGCCGAUACCAUGAGCAAGGUUUAUGAAAUCAUGCAACAAUCUUGUUCCGAGACUAAGACGCCACUGAGCAUAUCAGAGGCUCAAUGGCUGGCAGAAGGAAACGAGGAGACGGCAGUUACCAGCACUGUAACAACAACAAUCGGGACGAUGGUAUUAACGUUCUCGACCACAAUAACCCCCGCAUCAACAGCAUCGUCGACGUCAGCAUCGACAACAUCAACAUCGCGUACAAAUAGCGACGAGGAGGACGAGGACGGAGACUCGAGUACAGACGAGCAUGAGGACGAUGAGUUGUCGUUGAGCGCCAAAAUAGGCGUGAUUACGUCCAGCAUUGCAGGCGCCAUGACACUCGCAUGCAUUGCAUGUAUGAUCAUCUUCUUUACUAAGCGAAAGAAGGACAAGCAGCUAUUAGCGGAGGCGCGAGCAGCAGCAGCACGGGCGCAGGAUAAAGACAAAGAUCAGAAUCGGAACCUUCUAAGCCCAGGCGCCAUGACACCAGGGCUGCCCAGUCCGGCAGGGCAAGGAGGGGUGACUCGAGCUGGACACGAGGGACAAGUAUUUGGCGCGACUGUCGUGCCGCCCACGCCUGCAUAUCCUGGCCCAUCAGAAGCGCAAGCCUGGAGAGGAGGUCCACAGGGAACGACGGCCUCACCGAGCGAACUCACCGGCGACAGUGCCGUAUUUCAGUUAUACGAUGGUCACGCACCACAUAACCCGUCGGCAUGGCCAUCACCACUUACCCUACCCUCAAGGGGUUUCCCAUCGAGGACCACAACCCUCCGCACCGAAUCAUCAUGGUGUCCUUCGCCAGCAUCCGCCUUCGCCUCGUCGAAUGCUCUGGGGAUGUAUGGUCAAGGCCCGGCGGGUGCAGGGAGCACCGGUACUGCGUCUGCUGUGACUUCACCGAUAACGAGGCAAAUCACAAGUACCACACGCUCGAGCUGGGCGCAUAAUAGGCCGUAUCAGGAGGAGCCAUAUGAGCUACCGGGGAUGGAGGCUCGCAGUCCUGUGGAGGCGGAUUCCAAUCCAAUAACGAAAAUGCCAGAGGACUCAAUCAGGCUAUCAACACCACCUGAAUAUUCAACAGGCGAUUGGGUGGAUCCGAACACGGAUAAACCGCCAAUCUGA